AAGAAGGCAGUUGCAUUCAAAGUAAGCUGUAUCCUCUUAUCUCUUAUGACUACAUCUUUGCUCAACAGCAAGUUUUCCACAGGAAAAUUUAGCAACAAAUUUGGAGGAAGAAGGUAGAAAGAGGAAGAGAAGAAUGUUUUUUUUUUUGAGGGCAGGAGUAAUUAACAGUUCCCAGGUAAAAGUUGAGAAAAGUAAGUCAUAUUCCUCAUUCUGAUACAUCAGCAUCUUAGAGAACUGAAAUUAAUAGGAAUUCAUUUUUAAUUCCUUAUUUUUUAAUAUUGGGUUACCCAUUGCUACUUAAAUUAACCUGAUAAAGUUGCAAUUUAGAUGAGGGAUUUAGAUAGAACAGUUUAUUAGGCUGUCUCAAAUAUUAUAUUUGUUGCUAAUAGUUUUCUAUGACUUAGGGUUGAGUGAAGUGUGGGGAUUUUUUUCAUGUUGUUGGGGUUUCUUUUGUUUUGUUGGGGGUGUUGUGGGUUGUUUUUUUUGUUUUAUGGCAAAAUCUUUUAGUUUUAGUAUCUGAUUUUUUUCACUUGGUAAUGUUUUGGAUGAUGGAAGGUAGUGGGUUUAUAGAGAGGAGAACAUGAACUCUUGAAUUGAACUCUCUAAAUCUGAGGAAACAUCUUGAGUUCUUUUUCAAGCUCAUAUUUGGAGGGUGGCUGUUGAAUUUUAUAUUAAGGACAAUAAUGGUUUGAACCAGUAAUUUCUUUUAGCCAUUGGUGUACUCCUCAACUUCCUUUAGCUUUGGAUUGGUUCAUUGCUUGAAUGAUUAAUAUUCUGUUCCUGCUACACAACUUUCUAGUUGUGUAUUAUGUAAAAGGCUUGUCAGUAGCAGGAACCAACAUUAGGAUGAUUUUUCACCCCUCCCCAGUGACCAGCACAAUAGUACAAUUUGUAAGACGUAUCACAUGGGAAAUGGAGAAUUUAGGAAUUAUUUCAGCAGUCAUGGAUUGAUCCUCGUCACCUCUCUGUCUGAACGUUGCCUGAGAAAGACAGAUGAUGAGCUGUGUAAAUUGACCAAGUCCUCUAAGGAACCAGGAAAAACUAAUGCUGUCACAUUAAGGAGACGGGAGCUGCAAAAGAAAGAUGCAGAAAACAAGCACUAUGAUGAACUGGAGAAAAGGGGCAGACAGAUGAACAGCACUACUCUUAGUCAGAAGGACUCGGGCUCUUUUGCUUCUGAGAAAAGGAAAAGAAGACAUAGUGGCCAUAUUUCUGAUGAUUGUAAUGCACACAUUCCAGAAAAAUCACUUGUACUCUCUGAAAAGCAAAGUUUGAGUUCAACUCCUGGCUGCAAAACACCCUGUGAGAACAGACAAGGUGACAGAUCUAAUACUGUUCUGGUGCCGGAUUGUAUUCCCCAGCCAUUAGAGAGAGACUGUAAAGACACUUCCACACACAAGCACUUAAGGCCUGCUCACAGCCGCACAGAGGAGUCUGGCUCAGAGUCUCCUCCCAGAAAUUUGUCAGAGAAACAGCUUUCUGCCACCAGUGAGGACGUGAUUUUACCACGAGUUAGUACAAUCAGGAAAUUGAAAAUGGACCCAUCUCAGUACCUGAGCAAGCUGCGGAACAGAAUCUGCAGGGGUAAUCAGCAACUUGUUUCCGUUGACCCAAUCGUCCUUUCCAGUGAUGAUGAAGAUUCACCUUCUGAACCACAGUGCACAGAGCUGAUGCAGGAUAGUAUCACUGAAAUCAAAGAAACAGGCCAACAGUCUGACUUCUCAGCCAAGCAGUUGGAAGACAAGAUGGAAAGCCACACAGAGCAGUUUUUAACAGAGUCAAUUGAAGAUAAAAGUCUGAUCACCUUACCUUCUGAAAGAACACCUAGAAAACAGAUGAACCCAUCACUGGAUGUUACAUUUGAUAGUCUAUACAUUGGGAGAUUUAAAUGCUUAUCAAGAGGUCCUGCUAGGUUUACAACAAAGAAUAUUGUGAUCCCACUCCAGGUGGCUCUCAAUAAGAAUGUUAAGCUGACAGUGGAUACUCUGGAUCUCAGAAGGUUUGGCUUGUGGAGAAGUGAUGGUGGCUCCUCUUCAACAAUUAUCAUUUUUCUUUGGUUGUCUGUGGAUUAUGUAGAAAACAUGAAAACCCAAUUGGGAAAGUUAGUUAUCAGCAAGCCAUCCAAACCUGGUGAAUUUGUAUUUCUUGAAUUGUGCCAACCACUCACAGGAUGGGAAGAAGACAGACUGACUGAACUGAUUACAGAUGUGAGCAAGAAGAACAGAGCACCAGAUCUCGCUGAGUUUUUGUCUUUGAAGCAAGCAUUUCCCUUGUUUAAGGAUCUUUCUCCUGAAGAAAGCUCUUUUGUGAGUUACCAUAAGGAUCUACUAAAGCAAUAUAUGCCAAAAAAGAAUACCUCAGAUGCUCAUGAACCUGCAGUUCAGGAAUCAAACCUAAAAGUGGUCAGGCCCAGUUAUGCCCUUGCAAAUAAGCAGAAUAGUGGUUGCUAUUCUAUCUCUUUGUCCUCUGCACUGAAUGAAGAAUGGAAAGAAGUAAGAGAAACAGGAGCAGUUAAGAAUUUAAUUGUUUACCCGCCCCCACCUGCAAAAGGAGGACUGGGAGUCACAAGAGAAGACCUAGAGUGCUUAGAAUAUGGAGAGUUUCUCAAUGAUGUCAUCAUUGAUUUCUAUCUUAAGUACCUGUUGUUGGAGAAGGCACCAAAACGCCUUGCUGACCGUACACACAUUUUUAGCAGUUUCUUCUAUAAGUGCCUGACCAGGACAGAAAAAACCUCUGAGGGGGAUGUCAAAGUUUCAGUGGCACAGAGAAGACAUAGAAGAGUAAGAACAUGGACUCGUCGUAUAAAUAUCUUCAGUAAAGAUUAUAUCUUUGUGCCUGUGAAUGAGGAGUCUCAUUGGUACAUUGCAGUUAUCUGUUUCCCUUGGUUAGAAGAAGCUGUGUAUGAGGAGUGUCCCCAUCAGAAUUCCUUAUCUCACCAGUCUCCACUUCGGUCAGAGAGUGAGAACACUAGACCUGGUUCAGUGUUCUUCAAGGGUGAAGAAGAAAUGGAUUCUAACAGAAUUUUAUUCUCAAAAGGUGGCAAUGAAAUUGCUGCUGCUGCUUCAGUUCUAGAUUCAGCUAUUUCUAAAAUCUCCCUAAGUAAUUCCAAAAGGCAGAUUUGUAAAAGGCCUUGUAUACUCAUCUUAGAUUCUUUGAAAGCUGGUUCUGUGCAGAAAACAGUUCAGGUUUUGAGAGAGUACCUUGAAAUGGAAUGGGAAGCUAAGCGAAAAACACAUCGGGAAUUCAGUAAAUCAACAAUGAUUGACCUGUGUCCCAGAGUGCCUAAACAAGAUAACAGCAGUGAUUGUGGGGUCUAUUUGCUGCAAUAUGUGGAAAGCUUUUUCCAGAACCCUAUAGUUAACUUUGAAGAACCACUGCAUCUGGAGGAUUGGUUCCCUCGUCAGCUAAUCAGAAGCAAAAGAGAAGAAAUUCGUGACCUGAUCUUGCAACUGCACUUUCAACAGCAUAGUGGCAGCAGCAGCUAAUAAAUCUAAUAAGGCAGACCUAGCAAAGGACACUGCUGUAUAAAGUAACUGGAACUCUGCCUAGCAGCACUUGGUCUCUCCCUGCCUUGCAAGGAAGACAGAAAAACCCCACAAAAAGUAUUUUUUGUUCAGCAUGUAUUUAUUUAAAGAUUUUUUUUUUUUUCAAUGGUGUUGUGUGGUCUUAGAAUGCUGGGGGGGGGAAGGGAGAAGGUUGUAGCUAAGAGUGUAAAUAUAAGUUAAAGCUAAUGCACAUGGAUUGCUAAUUGAACCUUUGUUUGGCAUAUGAAAGCUGCUUACAGGUGUGUGCCACAAGGAUAUAAAAAUACUUUCAUCUUA